AUGUCUGCCUCCGAAACCGCUACCAAAUUCUCUUCUGCUGAGACCUCCUCCGUCGCUGGCGGACAACUCAUCGGACGCUCUAACAAGGGCGCCGUCGCACCCAAGGAAGCUUUGAAGCUCCGUUUGGACCUGAACCUCGAGGUGGAGAUCGCCAUCCAGGCCAAGGUCAACGGCGACAUCACCCUCUCCCUCCUUGUCCCAAUGCUGACCGUCUGA